ACUGUCAACCAGACAGUGACAGGAUUUCUUAACCUAACUUUUUGCUCAAAGAAAAGUUAAGACCGCAUAUAGUUAUCGAAAUUGAAUUGUAAUUAUUAUAACUUUCCAAUAAUGUCUUUGUUUGUUAAUUUAACGAUGAGGAAUUCUUUACGAUACAUUAACAGUUUUAACAUAGCUCGGAAUGCUAUUCACACGAGUAAAGUACAGUGCCUUUAUGCACCAUCAGCCAUCGGUGUAGACGCUUACCUACAGACACGCAAAAGGGUAAAAGAGCAGUUUGUAAGCUAUUCUGAAAAGUUUAGAAACAAAAUGAAUGAGUUUGUCGGUGAUGAAAAGAACAUGAUAUUCACAGAGGACCUGAAGAAUAUGGUUCAUUUAGCCGAGCCCGCCGACUUACAGCUGGUGCUGGAUAUGAUCAAGAAAUUCAACUCUCAAAAUACAGAGUUCAGAUUUGGAUCAUUUGUAUUUGGGCCGGUGGUGAUGAGGAUGUUCCACUUCCUCGAUGCGCCAAAUGAAGCCCUGCAGUGUUUCUUUGACCCAGCCAACAAUGGUUUCUUUGACCAGUUGAUUUCUUUCCAAAUCUUGUUGGACUUGUUAUACAAUCAUGAGAUGUACGAGGAAAUGUACAAAGUGUUUGAGAAGGUGCAAGAGAAACAGAUCAACAUGACAAAGUUCCCCAAAUACCCUGUGGUGCUCGUCUUUGCUGCAUGUUACAAGCAAAACACACCACAGAGUUUUGCGUAUGCAUCUAAACUGUGGACCGAGAUGAGCAGCACCGGCACGUCGCCUCUGAGGAGAGCUGCUGGAUUCUUCGCAGCUUUGGCAAUGAAACAAGGGGCUCCCCAUGUGGCGCUAGAAGCGAUAUCGUCGCAGAAACAGCACUAUGUCACAAUAAGAAACAUAAAGGCGAUGGGCCUGGCGGCGACGGGGCGCAUCGACGACGCGUUCCCCGUGCUGCGCGCAGUGCUCGACGUCGACAACCCCGCGCAGAAGGACAAACACACCUUUUUUGAGGACACCAUUGAGACAGUGCGGAAAGCAGUGGACAAGUCCACCGACAAAGAUUUGCACCAAGAGUUCAGCAACAUUGAGCGGGCGUUGCGGGAUAGAAACCUCAUUGACAACAGUCAGUCGCUGGACACAUUACUCAACAACGAGAUCCGAGGGGAGCGGAAGAGCCAGGACCAGCGAUUCCAAGCGAAGCGACCCUUCACCAGGCAGCGAACCGUCGCCAGGCCCUUCUAGAAUAGAGCCGUGGUGCCGCCAACUUACAUGACCUACACAGUAUUUUGAACUUACCUUCUAUACUCGUCAGCUGUCUAUGGGUCGGUUAAGUUGGUGGCACCGCAUGUCGGUAUAUUUUGUAAAUGAACUAACAGUAGAUUAUCUAGAUUUCGAAGAGAGUGGGUGGGAAUUUAACUUAAGUUAGACAGAGUCAUUUUACCAUUGUACAUUGUGUCGAAUCGAUUUAGUGCAAGAUAAAGCUUUGGCAGUUUACAC